AUGCAUAGAACAGUUGUUCCCAGGCAGUCUUCCGCUCAUCGUUUCGCAACUUUGGCACUUUAUCGAGCGCUCCUCCGACAAUGCGCCAAACUACCACAUUCUCCCUCCGAACUCGCUGCGUGCAAGCCGUACAUCCAGAAUAGAUUCAACAGAUACAAAACGCUUCAGAGUCCGUCUCAAACAGCCAAUUCACUUAGGGCAGGCUACGAGGCUCUUGACCUACUGUACUCAGCUUCGCAAGGCAACCAAAAUGGCGUUCAACGGAUAAGGAAACUCAUAUCGGAAAGUGAAGCGGCAAAGCGACAGAAAUCCGAAUGGCACAGGGAACGAGCUAAGGUCAUUCCGGUAAAGCCCGUGAGCCGGAAGGAGCUGAAGAAAGAGGCAAACAAACGUUACCGAGUAUUGACUGCGAAACGGCACCCGGAUGCCACCUCUAUUCUUGCACGUCCUCGGCCUGUAGUCAAUGGGAAGCGUCGAGUUCCUGUACUCGUGAAUGCGCGUGGUUUCCCAUUCCUGCUCAUCAAGAAGCCCCAGCCUAAGUUUCUUAGCGCCGUGCUGGAUUCGAAACUGAAAAGGCGCUGGAAGAGGAUGGAGCGCCUAAAAAGGCUCGAGUCUGAGUUGCCCAUGGCCAGGGACGAGGAUGAAUGGGAUCUAUUAACUGGCCAUAAGGAAGAUGCAAAGUGGGCUGGGCCAGUUAGAGUGUCACUUAAAGAGGUGCAGGGACAAAUAUCAGAAGGCGAUAGGAGGACCAAGGAGCUGGCGCAAGCUAUGUGGAAAGUCGUUCUUGAAGAGCGCAAGCUGGCGGAACAAGAGGAGAAGCAACGGGUCGAGCAAGCCGGAGAGCAACCAGCGGAAGGAAAAAUGAAUUCCUCAGCAGAGGAACACGAUAAGAAACGGCCGAGUGAGGGAUGAAUCAAUGCCGGAAGAAAUGUUCUGUUACAGCCAUCCAAAGCUUGCGCUUGGCAGAUCAUCCUGUCCAGCACAUUAUCCUUAUGAGCCCAAAGCCGUCACAUCCACCACGCUACCAGUACGGUGCUAUUGUGAGAAUGCUCCAGCGUCCCUAAUUGGAGCUGAAUUCGGCGUAUUCACUACCGUUUACGGGGUACGCCGCUUCUCCGGCCUUUCAUCAUGUCCCUUAUGACGGGUCAACGCUACUACCAACAGAGUGCGUUUGGAAAUAAGAAAUAU